AUGCUGUCAUUAGAAGUUAGAACUUCAUCGUCUUCAUCUGUUCAGCUCCUAUUGGCGUCGGCAUCUCUCUCUUCCGUCGAACAGGUCUUUAAUCCUCACUCCGUCUUCCACCCAACCUGCAUUAUCACAACCUUUGGUUUGCAGAAUGUUUUGCUUGACUCAGCUUUCUGUCUGGAUUUCCUCUGGGCUUCCAAAAAGAGUAUGUUCUCUUUCUAUCUUGAAGAUCUGUUAUGUAAAAUUUUGGCUUCUAACUUGUCAUGGCAUGCUAUUGCAUCAUGGACAUGGGAUGCUCAGGAUGAAACAUGUGGGAUUUGUAGGAUGGCUUUUGAUGGCUGUUGCCCAGACUGUAAACAUCCCGGGGAUGACUGCCCUUUGAUUUGGGGUGCAUGCAAUCAUGCUUUUCAUUUGCACUGUAUACUGAAAUGGGUGAAUUCUCAGACUUCACAAGCUCAUUGCCCAAUGUGCCGUCGGGAAUGGCAGUUUAAAGAAUGAGAGAAUGAUUUAUACACUUUGAACUGUGUGUCUCUCAUCAGCCUAUAGUUUUAGAUACUGCGACAUUAAAAAAUGGUUGUAGCAACCAUUGUUAAAGAACAACAUUGAAUGAGUGAGAUCAAGUGGAACUCUUGUUAGUUUAAGGAUUUUCUUUUCUUUUCUUUUUGUUUUUUUUUUUUGGGUGAAAAGUAGUUUCACAUUUUUAAUUUGAGUAGUAAUAACAAAGCUAGAAGAACCAGUGUCCAACA